CACAGAGCCUUCCCAUUCAGCUUGGGAUGAGUUGGACUUCAGGCAUGGGGAUAUAAUGCGCAGUGAACCUUUCUUCCAGAGGUGCUAGCGCUCUCCUAACGAAAAGCUGCUGGUCUGGAUACCGUGAGAGACUAUCUCAUUGCUCUUUAGAAAUCAUUUAAAUUCUUCUGCCAUAUUUUCUGCUCAGCUCUUAUUCAUACCUUCUGAUCCUAGAAAUACCCGAAGCCAGAGAAAUAAGGAAAAAGGAACCUCUUUCCAGAGCUAUCAGAGAAAGGGAGGAACCAUGUCCACGAUCGCAGCUUUCUAUGGUGGCAAGUCCAUUCUCAUCACGGGGGCCACAGGCUUCAUGGGCAAAGUGCUGAUGGAGAAGCUGUUUCGCACCAGCCCUGACCUGAAAGUCAUUUACAUCCUUGUGAGGCCCAAGGCUGGCCAGACACUCCAGCAGAGGGUUUUCCAGAUCCUGAACAGUAAGCUGUUUGAGAAAGUCAAAGAAGUUUGUCCAAAUGUGCAUGAGAAGAUCAGAGCUAUUUAUGCGGAUCUCAAUCAGAAUGACUUUGCCAUGAGUGAGGAGGACAUGCAGGAGCUUCUUUCCUGCACAAACAUUGUCUUCCACUGUGCCGCCACUGUACGCUUUGAUGACCCGCUGAGACACGCCGUGCAGCUUAACGUCACUGCCACCCAGCAGCUCCUGCUUAUGGCUAGUCAGAUGCCAAAGCUCGAAGCCUUCGUACAUAUCUCUACUGCCUUUUCUAAUUGUAACCUGAAGCACAUCGACGAAGUCAUCUAUCCAUGCCCUGUGGAACCCAAAAAAAUCAUCGACUCCAUGGAGUGGUUAGACGACUCUAUUAUUGAUGAGAUCACACCCAAGCUGAUCGGAGAUCAGCCCAAUACUUACACCUACACCAAGGCCUUGGGAGAGAUGGUGGUGCAGCAAGAGAGUGGGAACCUGAACAUUGCCAUCGUAAGGCCGUCCAUUGUGGGAGCAACCUGGCAGGAGCCUUUUCCAGGUUGGGUUGAUAAUCUAAAUGGACCUAGUGGGCUCAUUAUUGCGGCUGGGAAGGGGUUUCUUCGGGCCAUAAGAGCUACUCCAAUGGCUGUUGCAGAUUUAAUUCCAGUUGAUACGGUCGUCAAUCUCACCCUAGCAGUAGGAUGGUACACUGCAGUUCACAGACCUAAGUCAACGUUAGUCUACCACUGUACAUCGGGUAACCUCAAUCCCUGUAACUGGCUCAAAAUGGGACUCCAAGUCUUGGCAACCUUUGAAAAAAUCCCAUUAGAGAGGGCUUUUAGGAGGCCAUACGCUAACUUCACAACCAACAACUUCAUGACCCAGUACUGGAAUGCAGUCAGCCACCGUGCCCCUGCCAUCAUCUACGACUUCUAUCUGCGGCUCACUGGAAGGAAGCCCAGGAUGACAAAGCUCAUGAAUCGACUUUUAAAAACUCUUUCCAUGAUGGAGUAUUUCAUCAACCGGAGUUGGGAAUGGAGCACAUACAAUACAGAAAUGCUGAUGUCCGAGCUGAGUCCUGAAGACCAGAGAGUAUUCAACUUUGAUGUGCGCCAGUUGAACUGGUUAGAAUACAUUGAAAAUUAUGUUUUGGGAAUAAAAAAGUACUUAUUGAAAGAAGAUAUGGCUGGGAUCCCAGAAGCAAAGCAACACUUAAAAAGGCUCCGAAAUAUUCACUACCUCUUUAACACUGCACUCUUCCUCAUCGCCUGGCGCCUUCUCAUCGCAAGAUCUCAGAUGGCCCGGAAUGUCUGGUUCUUCAUCGUGAGCUUCUGCUACAAAUUCCUUUCCUACUUUAGGGCAUCCAGCACACUCAAGGUCUAAGAACAUUCGGCAAACACCUUUUAUCCGGAACCUCUCAGAUACCUCUAAAACAGCAAACUGUGGUUCUCAAGAUUAGGAAGUAACAACACGCCCAAGCUGUCAAAUGUCACCUGUGCUGUUAUAUAUUCUUUUUAUUUCAGUGAGAGAAGGAAAGUCAUAAACUAGCCUAUAACCACAAAUAUUUCAAGAAAAAAUAUUUCCAAAUUGUUUCCUAAAGUUCUAUGCCCUUGCAUAUUAAACAUGAAAGUACUCCCA